GUAGCACUGGCGCGAGAACUUCCGGGUGCUUGUCUUAGAAAUGAGACGCCACCAGAAGGGACGAAAAGCGUAUCGUGUUUGAGUAUGUCAGUCAGGAGAUGCGCUGUCGGCAGUGUGCAGGACGUCAGACACAACAACUUAAUUUUGUUUUCUUUUCACAAUUAAGUGAAGACGUUUAGUGUCAUAGGCACGUCUCCAUUUUGCAAAAAUGGAGUGUAAGAAAGACCGAGAACAAGACAUGGAAAAUGUUAAAAUUUCAGCUGCUUUGCUCAAGUCAACCACUGGAGAAUUUGAUUUGGAAUCCAUAUUGUUUCUGAAACUUCGAGGACUUGGCAUCUGUGAUCUUGGCUGCAUUGGAUCCUGUUUAAAUCUGGAACGUUUGGACCUAUCAGUAAACAGUAUUACCUGCUUGACAUCCCUGGCUUCCUUAAAGCUGCUUACUGUGCUCAAUGUUUCUGGAAACAGAAUCACAAAUUUAGAACCCAUAAGCUUUUGUGAAAAUCUGCAAACACUGAAUGCAGCCGGCAACUUAAUUUCAAGCUUUGAAAGCCUCCAUUGUCUCACCAAUCUAAAGAAGUUAGAAAGCAUUCGAUUCAAGGACUGUAUGUGUAACUUCUCUAAUCCAGUUUGCAAGAUCACCUCUUACAGAUGUACAAUUUUAGAGAUGUUUCCAAACAUUAAAGUAAUCGAUGGUGAAAGAGUGGCUGGAAGAGGGAGUGACUUAUAUCAGUUAUGCAAGGACCUUGACGAGUCUCUAAAGGGCAUUUAUAAAAAUGGCCCAGGAGUAGAGAGCCCUGCUUGCAAACCUUGGGUUGAAGAAGGUUUUUGGGAAAUUAAAAGAUCAAACAAUGCAAUAAUAGAAGAAGCGUACAAGCAAUUCAAUGAUGUACUACAUGAAUGUCGACUUCUAAACAACAGAGCAUCACAUCUAAUUACUCAGACAGAGAGAACACUAAGCAACAAGAAUCAGACAAAGCUUUAUGUUGUCUAAAGCGGCUGUGGAACUAACAUACAGUUUCUAACAUACAGUAUGUAUAAGGCAGUUUUGUGUUUUCCUCUGCAUGGCAGAUACCACUGCCAUGAACAGACUUUCCUGUGCAAUCCAUGUUAGUGCAGUGCUUUCACCCAUAGCUGCUGACAUAUUGUACCAUUUAAUGGUACUUUUUGAUCAUUUAAUUAAUGUUCAGGUAAAUUAAAGAUGGAAAAUAUUUUUUGUGCUAGAGAAAUCAAAGCACAAUGUGUGUGCGUGUAUAUAUGUAUGUAUGUAUCGUAUGUGUGUGUGUGUGUGUGUAUAUAUAUAUAUAUAUAUAUAUAUAUAUAUAUAUAUAUAUAUAUAAAUAAAAUAUGGCAUAUAAUGCUGUGUUAAGGGGUUCGGUCCACAUUGACGCAAUUGCAUGAAGCUUUUUGAAAAUGAAUUACACAGUUGAAAGUUUUCUCUGUGUGUGUGUGUGUGUGUUUUUUUUUUUUCUUCUGUCCACACACCCCUUGGGGUCAUAAUAAUAUAGGACAAUAUUUUAUGUGUACAUGCUAACUAUAUGCAAAUUGUGCAUUUUAAAUGUUGUUUAUUUUAUACACAGGGAAACUUAACUGGCCCUACUCAAAUGUUUAUAUGUUUGUUUUUGCCCCAAAACUAUAAAUGUGAACUGAAAAGAAUGAUAUAAUUGUGUUACUUUCAGUCAGAAAGAAUGGCAAUAUUUUAUCCAUUUAUUAAUAAAUUUUUUGAUGGUAGUACAUCUAAUAUGUGAAAGAAAAUUGUGUAAGGGGUACCAAGUUGGUCAUCAAAAUAUAUCGGAAAAAAUAUAGCAAAAUCUCUGCAAUGUUAUAUGUAUUUAUAAAGCAACUACUUUUCCAGCAUCUAAUUUAUCAUAAAUUGUGUUUAUUUUUAUGUAGAAAGAAAGAAAAAAACAUUUUUAAUGACACCGUUUGUUUUAAAUCUAAAAUAAAGUAUAAAGUGUAUAUAUACCAUUUAUAGAUUUUGUUGAGCUGUGUGAAUAUAAAUUUAUACAAUGGUAUCUCUCAGUUGCUAAAUGACUUAUUCGUUAUUUAUUCCUGCAUUAAAUGAGAGGGGUUAGAAAAUGGUUAGAUGAGUAAGAAUUUUUUUUUGUUAUGUUUUUUUUUUAUU